GCGGCAUGUGUAUGCGCAUAGCAAACCGUACGGAGGGAUCACAUUUUCAUUAUUUUUAAUAUUUAUUUGAUGAGCUGUGGCUUGCUGCAUUCAGUCCGUGGUUGACAUUAGACGUUAAUGGUUCACCGGCGAUUUACUCGGUGUCGAUCGGUGGCGUAGGAGGUUACGGUUUUAGUGUGGGAGUAGUGCGUCUAAGAAGGUGAAAGUUAUUUUUUGUGCUUUGCUCAAAUUUGGAUUUGGAUUUCUGGACUGUAUAUGACUAUUACGGGAUAAUUGUGUGAAGCAUUUGGAAGCAAAUUGUGAAGCCAAACGAAGGCUUAGUGAAUAGUGAAUUUAGUGAUAUCCUGAUUACAAUUGGAACAAGGAUACAAUAACAAACUUAUGAAGGACAUGAUGUCUAGUGCGUUACCAACCGAUCAUAUCCUGCGGCCACCGCAGGAUAGUGCAAUUUCGAAACCGCGGGCGGUGUAUAGCAUUGAUCAAAUUUUGGGGAAUCAUCACCACCUGCGGAAUACAAGUAACAGUAACAUCAACAAUAACAGCCAUAACCACAGCAGUAGCAUCAUUCACAAUAACAACAACAUCAUUAGCAACAACAAUAACGAUCAGGAUGGUUCUUUGAAGCGGGAGGAUUCGCCGGUCGAGCCGCACGAAAAUGGAGUCGAUGUGGAUAACGACGACGAGUUGCCGAUUAUGGGCGAUCUGGACGGGAUGGAUGACCCAAAUGAUAUGAAUCGGCCGAGAAAAAUUCGACGCAGAUCUCGGACCACGUUCACCACCUUCCAGUUACAUCAGUUGGAGCGAGCUUUUGAGAAGACGCAAUAUCCGGAUGUGUUCACUCGAGAAGAGCUAGCCAUGCGAUUGGAUCUGAGCGAAGCGAGAGUUCAGGUAUGGUUCCAAAAUCGUCGUGCGAAGUGGCGCAAACGAGAGAAAGCCAUGGGUAGAGAUACAUCUGCUUUUCUACACCACGACCAAGGUAUGCCUGAAUUCCCGCUGGGUCUCCCGUUGCCGCAUCAGUUGGCUCAUCCAAGUCUUCCGCCGGCGGAGUUCUGGUCGGCCAAUUUCGGAUUGCAUCCAACGCUGAUUCCGGGCUCCGGGCACCCUCUGAUCCAUCCCAACAUGGUCCCAAGCUACAAGAUCCCGCACUUCCACUCGUUUCUGUCCCAAUACAUGGGAUUGAACUCAUUGCUCGGCGCUGCAGCCUACCCUCAGAACCUCAGCAUCAAUACCCGAUUAAGUCCGCCGGUCAGUCCCAAGGAGAGUCCGAAUGAGACGGCGACUGGUGGGGUCGGGGUUAGCAAUACAAGUAGCAGUAGCAGCAGUAGUAGUAGUUCGAGCAGCGCAAGCAGCAAUCUCAGCGUGGGCAGCAACAGUGUCAACACCAGCAAAGAAAGUGUAGCAGAAAAAUAAUCAAUCAGGUUGUUAGGUAGCGAAUGAGCACUCACGAGAUGCAAUAUUUAUUGUUAACUUAUUGGAAUGAAUCGGUUUGUAGCAGAAAGGGGUUCUCAAAGCUGGAGCAUAUCGGGUCGGACACGGCAGUGUCCCGAUAGUUAACCGUUCUAGUCUGCAUUGCCAAAGAACCAGUGCUGCCAGACUUUGAGAAUUUUACACUCCCUUACAUGUACCGAAAGCCUAGGGUAAGACGAAUGCUGUCAAGCUAGUGAUAGAAGAUAUGAGUAAACAUGCUAGCAGUAUUAGAUUGACCAUAGUCGCAGUUUUGUUUGUUCGAUUGAUUGAGUACAACAGGAAAUCGUGUAAAUAUUAAUUAAUAUAUUAAGUGGAAUAGCGCAAAAAAUAAAGCAUUUGAACACA